GAGGCGGCUUAGAUGUGUGUUGUCUACGGUGCCGUUAGCAGCACCCAGUUACGUUUUCCGCGCGCGGAUUCGUGGCCCGGCCUCCAAGUGUUGCGCCAACUUUCGCCAUCCAACAACGCGUGGUGUCUUUUCUCUCGGUUGCUGCAUCGGUGGACACGUGAGAGAUCCUACCUGAUCUGACUUUUUUUCUUUCUUCCUUUAUUUCUUCUUCCUUCUUUUCUUCCUUUCUUCCUCCCUUCCUUCCUUCCUUCCUUCCUUCCUUCCUUCCUUCCUUCCGUUCUCUUCUUAUUUCGGAAAAGGAGUAGACAGGCGAGGGAGAGAUUCCUCGUUGCACGAAAGGACCUUCGAUCCAACACUUCGGGCACCUUCCGAGAUGCCUGCACCAACGUCAGCGGCGGGUGCGGCCGAAUGUGGCCCACCUCGCACCGAAUUGCAAGAAUUACAGCUAAAAGCCGACCAGACCACGGAUGAGUCCCUGGAGAGUACGAGGCGUAUGCUGACGCUAUGCGAAGAGAGCAAGGAGGCUGGCAUCCGCACUCUGGUCGCGCUCGAUGACCAGGGAGAGCAAUUGGAUCGAAUCGAAGAGGGGAUGGAUCAAAUCAAUGCGGACAUGCGAGAAGCCGAGAAGAAUCUUACUGGGAUGGAAAAAUGCUGCGGACUCUGUGUUCUUCCGUGUAACAAGAGUGCAAGUUUCAAGGAAGACGAGGGAACGUGGAAGGGUAACGACGACGGUAAGGUCGUUAAUAAUCAGCCGCAACGCGUGAUGGACGAACGCAAUGGAUUAGGCCCUCAGGGCGGGUACAUCGCUAAGAUCACCAACGACGCGCGGGAAAACGAAAUGGAAGACAACAUGGGUCAGGUGUCGACGAUGAUCGGCAAUCUCAGAAACAUGGCAAUCGAUAUGGGCAGCGAGCUCGAGAAUCAAAAUCGACAAAUCGACAGGAUCAACCGGAAGGGCGAAUCGAACGAAACGAGGAUAGCGUCGGCGAAUCAACGGGCGCACGACUUGCUCAAGUAAAAAACAAAACUUUCAGCGUGUGCUACUCAACAACCCGGGUAUAUUUCAAUAUAUUUCAACCUGUUAGAAAUAAAUGAAAACACGCAUAUCGCAUAUAUAUAUAUAUAUAUAGAAAUGGAAUAAAAUAUAUAUGUCUUACCGUCAAAUCUAUACAAGGCCCAGAGAGGGUUUUGCUCGAUCGAUACAAAUUCAAGGGGAGAAACGUUUACCGAAGCAUAUUUUAGAGAUUAUCCGAAACUUGUUAACAACUUUGUGAAAGAAUUUGUUCAUUUCUCAAAACAAACCUGUUUCACUUAGACGUCACUUCGGCGGCCUCCAUAUAUAAUGGUCUAGUAACUUUUGAGCCACCCUGCAUAUAUAUCCGUCUCCUCGAAACCUCUAGCUACCCCCGAAUAUAAAAAAGAACAUAAAAUAUGUAAAACAAGAGAAAAUAAGAAUAUCGGUGCAAACGAAUGAGAAUGGAACCUGGAGAAAGAAACAUCCGCCGAGCAAUGCGACAUUUUCUCUCCCCGUUUUUGUAUUCUUUCGUUAUUGGUCGGACAUACCUCGUCCAAUAAAUGUGUCGACAUUUUAUCUCCUAUAUAAUAAUAUUACUCUUCUUCUCCUUCUAUUUUUUAUUCAAUUUUAUUCCUUUGCAACGAAUUUCUUUUUUUUUUUUUUGUUUUUCGAUCCAAUGCGCGAUACCUGUACAAAAUUCAACAGGAAAAAAUAUAUUUACUGGUUAAAAGUCUUUUUUUAAUUUUAUUCUUCGCGAGAUCUCUCUUGUAGAUGUACAUAUAAAAGAAUAAUAGUUUGGCGCCAUGAAUUCGCAACAACAAGAAAAAAAAAGAAGAAGAAGAAGAAGUGUACUUUAUAAAAAGUGUAUUUUUCAAUUAAUUAUUAUAUUAACAAUAUGUGAACAAAUAAAAUGAGAAAAUAAUGUAAAAAAAUGUAAAGAGAGAAAGAAAAAAUCGCACGGUUUCGAGAGGAUUCGUUUGGCGGAUCCUUGGAGUAAAGAAGAUGGACGCGCAUUCUAAUGGACGAUGUUGGUGCGUCCGUUUGUAAAAGAUGGGAAUAUUUUUGACACGCAGGGCGACUCGAACCAGGCAAGGAUACAGGUGGCCAACGAGCGAGCCCAUCAAUUGCUCAAGUAAAGACACCAAUCACGACCAUCUCUCUCUGCACCCCCGUUUCGGCCACCGUGUCAUCACCUACUAUUUACUACUACAACAAUACAACACCCAUCACAACUAUUACUCACAAUUUACACUAAACUUUUUUCUCUCUCUCUUUUUUCCUUAUUUUCCUUACAGUAUUACUAUUAAUAUUAUUAUCCGCUGUGAGAUACCACAUGCCGAAAGGAUAAACGGAAUUAAAAUGAGAAGCAAUAUUGUCUGCGAUAAUUGUUCAUCGACAAACAUUUACUCCCAUUUCUUUUAUUUGAUAUUUUUUAAACUCGAUUUAUACGAUUGUAGUUUAUCUCAAAAAAAGGAAAAAAAAAGAAAAAAAAAGAAAAAAAAAGAAAAAAAAAAAAAAAAAAAAAAAAAAAAAAAAAAAAAAAAAAAAAAAGAAAGAAAACAGAGGAAAAUAAAAUCCAGUCGUAUCGUUCGAUGAAUCAUUUUGUUUUUCAUCGAUACUAAUAAUAAAACGCGUGAGAAGACAUAUCGCUUGGUAAUCGAUUUAACUGCAAUUUUCCGUACUUAAGGAAACCUUCCUUCCUUCCUUCCUUCCUAAGUCAAGAUACGUAUUUAGCAAUGCUCUCUUAUGGUGUCCAACCGUGAAUUUCAUACGCUGAUUCGUUAAACGGUUUUUUAACAUCGAUAGUUUAAUCCCCGUCCAUUAAAAAACAGAAAUACAUAUUUAUUUAUUUAUUCUCUUUACUCGCGUUCUCUUGUUUUUCUUUUUUUUCUCAUUUUCUUUUUCGAUAAUCGUGUCAAUUUACACGAUGUACAUACGCAACUCGCGCACACACAGAUAACACACGCCACGUACACGUCUUACGUUCACCCUACCUACGUCGCAUACCAAAAUGGAAUAAAAAAUGAAAAAAAAGAGAGAGAGAGAGAGAGAGAGAGAGAGAAGGAAUCUUGUUCGCGACGAAUUCGUCAUCCCUCGUAAAAAAAGAUUUCAAACGAGCUCAUAUUUUAAGAAAUCCUUGAAGAAUAAUACGGCGCUUAAUUAGAGAUCAGCGGAAAGUAAUGAAUCCGCGAUUAUUAGCAAUUACGCCGAGAAGAAGAAAUUGUAAAUUUUCAAAAGUCGACUCACACGACGCGCGUUAGAAAUAAGCCAGAGAAUAAUAACUAUUAUUAUACGAGAGUCAAAUUUCUUAUCUCGACGAUCCGCUAACGAGUACAAAGCUAAUUAAAAAGAAAGAAAAAAGUAAAAAAUAUAAAAAUAAAAAAGUAACAAAAAAAAAUCUUCGAACAAAUAAAUAAAGCAAUUAUAAUGAAUAAUUAUCAUAGAUCGAGACCGUAUAGUCCGAGAUUUUCCUUGUAAUCAUCAUUAUUAUUAUUAUCAUUGUUACUAUUAUUCUCUUAUUAUUAUUAUAAUAAUAUUAGAAGCACGAUUUUGAAUUAUCGGCGCUAUUAUCGAGUGCGACAACUCUCUUGUAUAUGAAAAAUCAAUAAUUAUCAAAUAAAAUGAUAUAUAAAUAAAACACACAAUUGUGAACACGAGAAGCAACAAUUUAUAAAAAGAGAACACCACAUAUGAAAGAAAAGAAAUGGACGAACUCGCGUUAACGAGAAACUCAAGUUCUUCGUGUUUCGAGAAUGACACCGACAUGCACACGUGCGAAAUCUAUACGAAGAGGAUAUAGAAAACAAACGUAAUUACGACACGAUCUGGUUAAUGAGAGAGAAAAGAUGAAAUAUUGGCCUUUUCUAUAGGUACAAAUAUAGAUAUCCUUGUUUCUUAUUCCUUUAUAGGCCAAUUUUAUGAUCCUUAAUUGCGAAAGAACAACCUUUCAAUACAUAUGAAUAAUUUGUCAAGAUAUUUGCUUAAACAUUUCAAACUAGAGUUAAUAAUCGAUAUAAAAUAUUGUAUGCGACUCGAAAGUUAUACGGAGAAGAGAAUGCGGAGAAUAAAUUAUUAAUGAAAUACAUUUGACGCGUAAAAUAUUGAAAAGAUUUAGUAUUAUAGGAUGACUCGUUCUUUCUAUAUAUCUGCGUACGUGCAUGACGAUUUUCAUCGCAUAAUCAUAUUUUUCUCUCGCACUUUGUGUGUAUAUACCUCGUAUAUACGAAAAGCCACAUAAAUACAACACACAUAUAUACGCGCGCAUAUACGACGAGGCAAAGGGUGAGAAUAAGGGGGAGAAGCCGCGGAUAGAAAAGGAAAGAGUCGGGGAAAAGUGGUCCUACGAGUGGAGGACUCGAAAACAAAGAAUUUCCAACGCGAAGAAAGAAACUCAAGAAAAUGGUGAAAAGGAGAAGAAAAGAAAAAUAAAUAUCUAGAAGGUCGAGGAACAAAAAUACGUCCUUAUGGUCGGAAAUUUGCGACCUUGGACAAAUUUCUAGAUAAAUAAUAAUCUUCUUCUGUUUUUCUCGAUUUCGAUCUCGUCUGGAAAUAAAAUGGCGUUGCACACACGCGAUCCGAAGAGACGCGUCAAAGGACGCACACCUACUCUAUUACCUAAAACAUACUUUAUAUACCUACACAUACACGCACGCAAACACACACACACGCGAGAUACGUAAAUCAUAGAAGUUAGGUGUUCUCCACCUCCUCCCAAAGUUGACGCGCCCACGCGUUCUUCGAGGUCACAGUAAGAUAUAACUCCAAUAGUUAGCUGAUUAACCAAAGGAAUGGAAAAGGAGGAAGAGAGGACAUAAAAUAUUUAAAAAAAAAAACAUACGAACAAAACCAAGUUGUUAAUCCUACAGAGCAAAGGGCACAAACUUAUUAAAGCGUUGACCACCACGAUUAUAAUUGUAAAAACAUGUUAAACUCGCGUGGGGUAAUCAACGUGCUAAUAUAGAGAAAAAGAUAGGGAAAUCGAAUGUGAACAAUAUAGGGAGAGAGAGAGAGAGAGAGAGAGAAAGAGCUAUAUACAUAUUUAGGAAACUUUUCCUUGCACUUUUGCUUGAUACCACUCUCGAAUAUGUCAGCUGAUAAACGUGCCGGUAAUUAUGACAGUAGACUAUAAAGUUACAAAAUUAUAAUUAUGAAAUAUUAUAUAAUGAAAUAAAUGAGUAUAAUUUUGUAACUUAAGCCACUGUGUCAUAAUUAGCUGCACAAGUAAGACGGCGGCUCGUAAUUUUGGAACGCUUCGCUGGACGAAAGUGUUGUACCGAUAAUAAGUCGUUUAAAUGUGUUACUCGUGUAUGUAAAGAGAAACGGACUCGAGGAUCGUUAGAGGCCUCUGGAUAAAGGAAGACAAAAUGUUUUCCCUUAUAAUUGAAUAAAACACAAAGAGAAAAAAAGCGAAAAAAAGCGAAAAAAAGCGAAGGAGGAUGACGACGAAGGCACAAAUGUUGUUACGUGUGUGUACAUAUACACCCUGUAUAUGGUUAUAAAAAUAUAUUUAUACGUGUGCGUGAGUAAUGUGUGUAUUGCAGACGCGUGUGUGCAUUAUGUAAAGAUAAAACGCACGCGCGUAUAUGUGCCGGCAAUUACGAUAGUGGCCCAAGCCAGAAAACGACACAGACAUUUAUUUGGUAAUAUAAAGUAAAUCAUAGGGGCAAACUUGAUUUUUCCUAUUUUUUCACUUACGAUUAGUCCACUACUGUCCACUGUCACAAUUGUCGACACGUAUGUAAACGGAUAUUUCGAAAAAAUAUGAAGAAAAAAAAGAAAUAACGCUGCGAAAACUAUCUCGAAAAUUCUAGAAAAUCGUUAUUAGUAAACUAAAGCGAAAAUAACGCGGAUGUGGAAGAGAGUCAAUAAGAAUAAAUGCAAAAGUGGGAUCGAGCAAUAUAUAAUUACUAUUAUUAUUAUAUUAUUGAUUAUCUAUUAUACGAUUAUAUUAUACGAUUAACUUUGUUGUUAUCGUCUCCUAAAGAAUGAGAGAUUAAGAAAACUUGAAGAAAAAAGAAAAGAAAGAAAAAAAAUAAUGAUCGACACGUACAUGCAAAUACGCAGAGGCGCGCAUAUAACAUAUACAAACAUAUAACACGAGAUAUACAUAAGAGAACAAAAAAAUCCUUGCGUUCGCCAAGUUUUCGGGAAAUCCAUCUCUUAGCCCGGAAAUUGGCGCGAAUAAAUAUAUUAUAUAUUAUAUAGCGAGAACUAACGUGAUUAAAAUGCGUUAUUUAAGGCGCAUACUUUGAAAUACCUACUCACAAAUGUAUAGAUAAAACGCAGGUAGAUUUUAGCAAAGAAGUAGAUAGAAAACGAUAGAGGAGAGUUACAUUUGAAGAGAGAUAGAGAGAGAGAGAGAGAGAGAGAGAGUGAGUGCUGUGUAUGCAUGUGCACGAGUAUGCGUCAGAAGAGGAACGAAUGAGAGAGCGAAAAAGAAGAAAAGAUAAAUAAAUGGGGAGGGAGGCAAAAUGAGGUCAAUGAAGAGAGAGAGAGAGA